AUGAGUCGUAUGAGUUCUCUUCUCUUGAAUCCAUUAAUGAUUCUAUUGGAGAAUCAGAAGAACCAGAAGGAACCACAGCCACUUUACAGGAAAUUCAGGCGAGGCCUUAAGGAAUCCGACACUUUGAUUGUUUUAGAUACUGGCGCUGACACUAAUUUCACAUAUUCCAACUUAUGGUCCAAAAAUGAUUCCAUCACUCUACAAGAUCUUCACAUUUCAAAAGAGAAAUCUAGAUCAUGUAUUCCACUUACCGUAACUCCGGCCUUUGGCGUAUCUUUGGUUAUUAACCAACAGGUUUUCCUUAGAAUUCGGAUCGGUACUGCUACUAUUUGUGACUGGUUUUAUCUUAUUCCACAGAAACGUUCCCAUAUUAUUUUGGGUAAACCCCUGUUGAAGAAACUUCACUACCAGUUAUCCCCUUCUUGUGAAUCAUUAACCAUUGCGGAUACUACUAUAGAUGUUACUCGUUUUCCGGGUAUAUCUGCUACUUCUACUCUUCUUCAGAUAUCCAAAACUCCAUUUCUUAAAAGUCUAAAGACAAAGUUCCCUACCGUUUUCUCCUCGAACUUUUCUCUCGACCUUCACCAUGAUUUCUUAGCCCACGUUAAUCUCAUCAAUUUUCCGUAUACUACUCCCAAAGCAUAUUUCACUAGCGGUUUACGUCGUGAAGCCAUUAAGAAGUAUGUCAAUCAAUCGCUCGAGAAUGGAUUAAUUGAACCUCUCUCACCAGAUGAGUUGGUCGCCGUUAGUCCUGUAUUUGCUUUACCACAAUCUUCUGAGAAAAUCCGUAUUAUCACUGAUUUGAGGAAAGUGAAUAAGUGCUUACAAUAUACUCCUCGUCCGAUCCCUACUACCCAAUCUAUCCUUAGUGAACUUUCUCAUCACACUGUUUUCUCUGCCUUUGAUAUACGUAAGGCAUAUCAACAAUUACCAUUAACUGGUGACAAACUUGGUAUCAUUACUGAAUUUGGAACCUACAAGUUUACUAGAAUGCCGUAUGGUUUAGCAUCUGCUCCAUACUGGUGGGGUGAAUUUCUCCAAAGGAUUAUUAAUGACAUUUCUAUUCCCACUACUACUGUUAUUCGAUAUUAUUAUGAUGAUAUUUUAGUCGCUUCUCAAGAUCAUGACGAGCAUUACCAAGUGGUUCUUAAGCUUUUCGAAGCUUUACAUCGCCAUGGUUUGUCGAUUAGUGAAGAGAAAAUUCAACUCGCUUCCGACACCGUCAUUUUUCUCGGCUACGAAAUAUCCCAAAAUCGCGUUUCUCUUGAAUCCUCUAAAAUAGAGACUAUUCGUAAAUGGCCUUUGCCAACUACAAAAGAAGCUAUAUUAAAGUUUAUUGGGUUCAUCAAUUACUUGCGAAACUUCAUACCUGAUACUUCUGAACGUUUACGUCCUUUUUAUGAUGUGCUCGAUAAAAAGUUGACUCCUACUUUACCACCUCCACACAUUUUAAUACCGAAUCUCACUCCAUCUUUUAAUCUAUUUAAACAAUUGAUUACUCGGUCGCUCACAUUAAAGUUAUUUGAUCCACAAGCCCCUACUAUUAUCUUUUCAGAUGCUAGUUUAAAAGGCGGUGCUUCUAUAAUUUUACAACCUGAGGUUCAUAAUAACACAACUCUUUUGUUUCCUAUCUCCUUUUUGUCUGUUCGCUUCAAUCCUACACAACAACGGUAUUCUACUGUUGAACGUGAGCUUUUCUCUGUUCUACAUGCCUUGAAUAAAGGUGAGUUACUUCUUUCACCGGAUGUGACUGUAUAUACCGACAAUAAGGGUAUUAUUAGUAUUGGUAAUUCCGAUCGUAAUACUCACCCUCGAUUCACUAAAUAUUUGGAUCUUGUGAAUGGACAUCGUGUCAAAUGGAAAUAUCUCCCGGGAGCCAAGAACCUCCUCGCAGACUACUUAAGUCGUUUCGGUUUGGAUGACCAACCUUAUUUGGAUCUCGAACAGUUACAACAGUUCGCUGUAGACAUUCCGACAUCCAAUCUCACAUUAUUGAGUGCAGACUCAGAUGCGGAGACCUCUUCUACCACCAAUCCAGAGCCUUCAACGGAGGCACCGAAUUCUGACAAUACCACCGACCCUGAUUACGUUAUCGACAAUGUCAACUCGUUGACAUUAUCACAACUCCUUGAAAUCCAAAAGCUACUUGCUGACAAGAUUUCUUCUAUACCACCGAUAUUUUCAAAGAUCAUUGAUCGUUUUUAUUAUACCUCUGGUAACCUUUACAUCAAUAUGGAUUCAAUCCUGUUUCGCGUUGUCAUAGAUAAAGAUUAUAUGGAUGUUGCUACUAAGCUACAUGCCCUAUAUCACUGUACGCACCGAGUGCUACAACUUGCUAUGGCUGAUGAGAAAUUAUGGAAUCCCAAUUCUAAUCUGCUUCUUCUAGAUGUCGUAAGACUCUGUUCCCGUUGUGAAACUUAUGAAAAGUUUAGUGACCUUCCUAUAGAAUUACCGGAAAUCCAUAGAACCCCUGUUUUUAGCCGUUGGCACCUUGAUUUUGCUGGACCUUUACCAGCACACAACGGUUACAAAUAUUUUCUACUUGCGGCUGAUUACACUUCCAAUUUAAUUCUUGUUCGACCACUGGCCGAACAAUCCUUUACCAGUGUCUAUGAUUUAAUCUUUGACAUUUAUGCCACCUUUGGGCGUCCCCAUAUGUUGGUUACGGACAAUGGUUCUCCAUUUGCCAAUAAUAUAGUUCCUACUAUUGCGGCGCAUUUAAAAAUUAAAUAUUACCAGAGUUCGGCGUACCACCCUAGAGGAAACUCUAAGGCAGAACGUAGUGUUAAGAUGAUCAAAGAAGUGAUCAAGAAAAUGGAUCCGAAAUACGAAAAAUGGACUUCCAAUCUUUCUAUUGCUGCUCAUAUUGUCAAUAAUACCAAAAUGAUCUACGGUUAUGCUCCUAGAGAAAUAGCCUUUGGCGUGCCUGCACGUAAGAUCGGUACUGAAUAUUUGCAAGCAGUUGAAAGUAUCUUGAAUGCUGAGGACAAACCUCCGGAAGACAUGGCAACAACUGAAAAUGUACACCUAUCCUUGAUGCGACAUAGGAACACUAGAACAAUUCGUUCAAAAACAAUGGAUGAACGUGUUAAAGUUCGUGAACUGUUGCGAAAUGCUAGGAAAGACACCGAUAAGUACGUCCCUUAUACUAGAGGAGAAGUAGUUUAUCGAUAUCGACCCAAACGAAAUAAGUUUGAACCCACAUGGGAUGGACCGUAUUAUAUCCACGAAGUCCUAGGGAAGAACACUUAUAAACUUCGGAAUUGGGACGGUAGUGUACGAGAAGCAACAUAUGAUGGAUCGAAACUGAAACCUGCUUAUAGCUAUUAUGGUUCACCCAUCCGAACUGCUGCUGAAUACACAAGAGUAUACGGUGACAAGGAAAGAAAGUAA